AUGCCUCCGCGACUCUUCAGCUGCUCGGAAGACCAUCGCACAGGAGCCGUAUGCUCCAUGUGCAGGCGCCGUACACUCCAUGUGCAGCCGUUGAAUUCAAAUGACGUUUCUGGAUUCUACCAAUUUCUGGAAGAGAGGAACCCGCUAUUGGUGAAAAACGAUGACUCGUUGAGAGAAAUCUGGCAACAAGCAUUUAAUUGCUUCUUCCCCAGUUUUACCAGUGAAAUGACAGAUGUGGACAUCUGCACUGGGAAGGAGCAGCUGGAGACUCUCUCAAUGACUGUGUUUGAAAUGCAGAUGACUGCUCACAGCUACAGUGUCUACAAUGCUGUCUAUGCCAUUGUGCAUGCUUUGCAUGCGAUGAAGUCCUCAGUGUUCAACCAAAGGUCAAAGAUAGACAGAGGGAGACAGAGCCUUAAUCAACAAUCAUGGAAGAUCCAUCCCUUUCUUAGACGUGUGUCAUUUAACACCAGCAGCGGAGCAAUUAUUUCUUUUGAUGAAAAUGUCUCUUCCAUUCAUGGACAGAUCCAGCCCAUUUCCUUGUGCAAUGAUAAAUGCCAUUCAGGCUAUAGAAAGACCAAGAAAGAGAGCAAACACUUUUGCUGCUAUGACUGUAUCCCCUGUUCAGAAGGGAAGAUCUCAAACCAGACAGAUAUGGAUGAUUGCCUUCUGUGUCCACCUGAUCAUUAUCCAAAUAAAGACCAUGAUUCAUGCAUUCCCAAAUACAUAAGUUACCUAUCUUAUGAAGAAAAUCUAGGCUUUGGACUGAGCACUGUGGCUUUUGUGCUUUCCUUCAGCACAAUUUCUGUACUUGGAAUCUUCAGGAAGUACCACAAUACUACCAUUGUCAAGGCCAACAACCGCAGCCUCUCCUACACCCUCCUCAUCUCCCUCCUCCUCUGCUUCCUUUGUUCUCUGCUCUUCAUUGGCCAACCCACAAAAGUGACAUGCCUCCUUCGACAAACAGCUUUUGGAAUCAUCUUCUCAGUGGCACUUUCUUGCCUGUUGGCUAAAACUAUCAUUGUGGUUCUUGCUUUCCUAGCCACCAAGCCAGGAUCACAAAUGAGGAAAUGGGUUGGAAAACAAUUAGCUCUUUCCAUUGUGCUCUUCUGCUCCCUUAUCCAAACUCUCCUUUGUGUGAUCUGGUUAUCCAUCUCUCCUCCAUUUCCAAAUAGUGACAUGAACUCUCUAAACAAUGAAAUCAUUCUAGAAUGCAAUGAAGGAUCUGUUGCAAUGCUUUAUUGUAUCUUGAGCUUCAUGGGCCUUUUAGCUAUUGUUAGCUUUGUUGUAGCUUUCCUAUCUAGGAAAUUACCAGACACUUUCCAGGAAGCCAAAUCCAUCACUUUCAGUAUGCUAGUCUUUUGCAGUGUCUGGUUGUCUUUUGUUCCUGCCUACGUGAGCAGCAAAGGGAAAUAUAUGGUGGCUGUGGAGAUCUUUGCCAUCUUGGCUUCCAGUGGGGCACUAUUAGGUUGUAUCUUUGUCCCCAAAUGCUAUAUUAUUUUGUUGAGACCUGAUCUGAAUAAAAAGGAACAUUUGAUCAAAGGAAUCAAGUAA